AUCCGCAAAGAUGUCGCUGAAAGACAUCAAGCAUAUCGUGCUUGUGCUAUCCGGGAAAGGCGGCGUCGGGAAGUCCAGCGUCACCACCCAACUCGCACUCUCCCUCUCCUUACAAGGCCAUUCUGUCGGCGUGCUCGAUAUCGAUCUCACAGGGCCCUCGAUCCCACGAUUCCUUGGCAUAGAACGAUCGCGCAUCACUUCGGCUGAAGGCGGAUGGUUACCGGUGCCAGUGCAUGCAGCAAGAAGCGCGCGUCAAGAGCAGACAAAGGGAGAGGCGCACGGCAGCAGUCAGGCCUUGGGCAAGCUCGGCGCCAUGUCGCUGGGCUUUAUAUUGCCAAAUAGAGGCGAUGCAGUCAUCUGGAAGGGCCCGAAGAAGACAGGCAUGAUCCGGCAAUUCCUGUCUACCGUGCUUUGGGGCGAGCUGGACUAUCUGCUUAUCGACACACCGCCGGGCACGAGCGACGAGCACAUCGCUCUCGUCGAAGAAUUGCUGAAGAAUGCUACGCCAGAACAGCUGCCUGGCGCCGUUAUCGUGACUACUCCACAGGCGAUCAGUGUCAGCGAUGUCAAGAAAGAGAUCAACUUCUGCAAAAAGGUCGGCGUGCAUGUUCUCGGCGUUGUGGAAAACAUGGCAGGUUUCGUAUGCCCUAACUGCUCCGAAUGCACGAACAUCUUCUCGAAAGGCGGAGGACAAGCGAUGGCACAAGAGUUCGAAGUCCCGUUCCUCGGCAGCGUGCCUAUCGAUCCAAUGUUCAUUCGGCUUAUCGAAGAAGGCAAACGCCCCAACUAUCCCGAAGGCACUGUCAUUGAGGGCCAAGACAUGUCGAAUGGAGAUGACGAAAGUACUGAAGGAUUGCUUGUUGAUAAGUAUACUGCUUGCUCUCUACACCCGCUCUUCGCCUCUAUCACCAAAGACUUGACCGACAAGAUCGAACGAUGAAAAAUCAAAACCCACUGCGGGUAACUCUCAGAAUUCCCUUCAAACACCAUGCUCGCCCAUAUCCAUGCCAUCCUGAGGCCGUUCAGUGGUGCCAGCCGUCGCUUUGUACAAAUCUCGAGACAGAGUCCGGCCCGGUCGUGUUGCUUUCUCCAAAAUGUGGUUGUCGCAUCAAAGCGAAGAACAAGAAGUAUAAUCGUGUAUUUCAGAACGAAGACGGGUGUCGCUAGGGAGAUCAUAUGCAUACGCCAAGAGCGUUGAGCACACAAGCCGUCCUGGUCGUGGCCGUGGUAGCUGUGGAAGGCAUUGUUGAGGUCGAGGAAGUGAUAACGCGGCUCGAGGUGCAGGAGAUGAAGCCGCGGGAUGAGCUGCAGUAGGAGAUGGUCGUAGUAGAAUCAACUGUGGUGACUGGCAGCACUGUUGUGAACUGGGAAGCCUUGGUCGUCGUCAAGGUAUAGAGGGAGGUCGGCUGAGCUUGGCAAUUGACAGUCCCAGCGAUGGUAACGCAGACAGGAGGUAGCGAGACCGCCGAGGAGAUGGCUGGCAGAGAGGCGCUGAGACUGACGUCCACGCCAACUCCGACAGACGCAGAAGCAGAGACGCCCACUCCUGGCAGCCCAAUACUGGUCGUAGGUAGGACAGCAGGAACCGAAGGCGACAAGCUCGGUAGAGGCGAGACCGUAACAGUGGGCAAACCAGAAAUUAUGUUCGUC